UUUCCCGCGCGCGCCCCGUGCGCUGCGUCGCGCUGCAGUCAAGCCGCCUCGCACAGCGGUGGAGAAAUCCGUGAGGCACCGCUGGCAGGCCCUGCCCUCUAGAGGUGACUCGGGGCUUUUUGGUGUGUAUCCCCAGUAGAGGACAGACUCAGAGCAUCAUGCCACCAUCCCGGAACCCUGUGAGCCGGAGCCCGCGAAGCUGCACAGGCCAUGGAUUUGAAGGUUAGCAACGGCACCGGCCUCGGGGACGAGCGCACCACAAGCCUGCUGCUGCUUGGCUUCCUGCAGAGCUGCCCCCACUCCUGCUUCCAGAGGGAGCUGGAGACGCUGGGUCACGAGCUGCCUGGGCGCCUGUUCCAUGACGAUGAGCUGCAGACGGACGGCAACCGCUACAGCCACUUCUCGGCAGCGGCAGCGGAGACAGAUUCUGAGCGUCAGGAGGAGGCGGUCCGUGAUAUCGCCCGGCAGCUUGCCCAGAUUGGGGACAGGCUGGAAGGCAGCAUCCGCCCAGGGAUGGUGGCCGGUCUGGCCUCACGCUUCAGCAUCAGGAGCCUGUCAGAGGAGGACAGGAGGCAGUGCCUGGCGGCCGCGCUGGAACAGCUCAUGCAAACCUGCCCUGCGGACAUGGACCAUGAGAAGACCCAGCUCCUGCUCAUCAUGCUCUUGGCCAAAAAGAUAGCCGACCACUCGCCAGCCUUGCUCCGAGACAUCUUCCGCACAACAGUGACCUUCAUCAACCAGAACCUCAUCACCUAUGUGAGGAACUUAGUCCAGAAUGAGAUGGACUGAAUGGACCGCUUGGCAAAAGCACGACUGUGAAGACGCGAGGUGCUGUCAGUGUUGUAGCUGCUGCCUCCACAAACACGGAGCUUCAGCCACUGAUCCAGGCUCAGAGAAGACAGCCCGAGACGACCACAGAGCGUCACCUCACCAUCGGGAAGUCUAAGACUUGCUGUGUUAACGUACUUGAACGAAGAUACUCAUAUACACCUGUGGAUGUUUCUUCCACAUCCACCCCACACUGUGCCUUUGUCUGCUGUUGGCCGGGAAGGUCCCCACCUGAAAAUCAUCCCAAGGCAGACUGGGACUUCCUGGUGGUCCAAUAGUUAGGACUCUGCGCUUCCACUGCUAGGGCCUGGGUUUGAUCCCUGGUUGGGAAACAGAUUCCACAAGCCUUCUGGCGCAGCCAAAAAAAAAAAAUAAAAGCAAACUGUUAAGAUAGAAAACAAGAA